AAGAAAAUAUGACGAUAAAGGCAUUAUCAGGGAAAGUGUUUCUGGUGAUAACUGGCGCAAGUCGUGGAAUUGGGAGGCAUAUUGCAAUACUAUUUGGUUCUGUAUUAGAAAAGGAUUCGCAUGUUCUACUGCUGGCAACAAACUUGACUGCUUUAAAAGACACUGCUAAAAAUAUUCCUUCUCAUGUAUCCGUUGACACUGUCAGCGUUGAUUUAAGCAAAGCAACAAAAGAUGAAUUGCAUGGUAUUAUAAUGCAAUCUAUGAAGGAUAAAACACCAGAACAAUUUGAUAAAAUGGUUGUAGUACAUAAUGUUGGUACAAUGGGGGAUCUUACUAAAGUUACAAAUGACAUGACUGAUAUUACCAUGUGGCGUAAUUAUUAUGAUUUAAAUGUCUUUGUUCCUGCUAUAUUGAAUGCAGUUAUUAUGAAAAUAUUUAAUGAAGUCCCAGACGAUAACAAGACAGUUAUAAACAUUACUUCAUUACUUGCUACUCAACCAUAUAAAUCUACAGCUUAUUAUUGUUCUGGUAAAGCAGCAAGAGAAAUGUUCUUUAAGGUGUUCGCUGUAGAAAAUCCUGAAGUGAAUGUAUUAAAUUACUCGCCAGGACCAGUUGAAACUGAUAUGUUAUACGAAGUGUGUAGAACACAUGGGGAUCAAGACAUUAAAGCUUCAUUUAAUGAUAUGUUAACAAAGAAAACCGUGUUAACAUGUGAACAAACAGUUAAUCGGCUUUUAAACGUCCUUAAGAAUCAGAAGUAUACAUCAGGUGAUCAUGUUGAUUAUUAUGACGAAUUGUAAAAUAUAUCUGAAUCUAUUGUUCUAAAUUA